ACUUUCCUCGCGAAAUAUAUAAAGAUCAGUUCAACUCAUUUGAAUAUGAUAGAACAAGAACUCGAUUAUAUGAAAAUUAUAAUCUUUCACCUUCGUUCAUUAGUGUAAUUUUUAUAAAUACGAAGCAAAAGAGAGGAAUUGUUUUAUAAUGAUAUACGGUAUAAGACAUAUUCAACAUCCGCCUUUGAGCUCUUCUCCGCCUUCGAGAGAUUUGAUUGACCCUUCUAUACCUAACAUGAAUAUCAAAAUUCCGGAAAACACUCCACACGCGGAUAUAAGUAAUUACAAAGUUAACUCAACCUUCAAAACACAAAUCAUCAGCUCAUUAAAUAUAGAACACGUUACGCCACCGCCAUACUACAACAAUAAAAUAACUUAUCCAAUGUCCGAAAGUCCUCCAUAUCUAAAUUCUCUUCGAUCUAAUGACGUCGAUAUAAAUGACUCAAAAGGAUACCAACUGCUCAAUUCAUCAAGUGAUAACAUUAGCAUCUCGACAAAAACUCGAAUCCUUAAUAAAAGAAAUUCUUUUAGAAAUCAUUACUAUUACGUUAGGACGAAAUCCGAUAAAUUCUCGGGAUUCGGUCUAAGCUCUCAUACUGAUGCUGCUACAACGGAAACCAGCUCAUUUAGUCGCCACGAUAGUCACGGAUCAUUGUACGAUAAAUCUACCAAACGUAAGCUCUCUUUUGAAAAUAAAAUCCCGCCAGAAAUGAGAACUGGAAUCGAAGAUUUCAGUAACGCGAAUCCUUUUAUAAGUUACCAAAAGCGGCUUUACGCUUCCCAGGAUUCUGGGUUAGAUCGUUGGUGUUACCUACCCAUAAAAAUUUCAUACCCUUUUACCACACAAAAUUCUUUUCACUCUGCUCUCGAUAAGGAAACUUUCGCUUUAACCAUCCCAGAAAGUUCUUCGGCUUCGAUUAAUAAUAAGGAUUCAAAUCAUCAAAAUAAUCUUCACCCAUCGAUCUCUCCCUCUCCGAUUAUGUCUUUUUGUUCCUUAUCACUCUCGGUUAGAAAAUCCUUCAUCGAAAACAUCGCCGCCCGAAUCCAACCUUCAAACAACUGUUCCCAACCUCUCCAUCAACCCUUAAAAACGUUCGACGGGAAGCUUAAAAUUUGUGAUAACCACUCCAUGUCUAACUUUAUCGCACCGCCCUCUCUUAGAGCCAUCAAAUCCGCCGUCAACAGGCUUUAUCGCAUAGACGAUUUCGAACCCGAAUUGAUUGGCACCGGAUUUUUUUCGGAAGUCUUUAAGGUUACUCAUAUAUUGACUAAUGAGACGAUGGUUUUGAAAGUCAAUAAGCAUAAUAGUAAUCGAUGUAACGUGCUAAGGGAGAUUCAAUUGAUGAAUUCUUUAUCUCACCCCAACGUUCUCAAAUUUCUCGGUGUAUGCGUUAAUGGGGGACAGCUUCACGCACUAACAGAGUUUAUAAAUGGCGGUGAUUUGGAACAAUUGAUCCUAGACACGGAUGUUGAAUUGCCAUGGGAUGAUAGGAUAGGGCUGGGUAUCGAUAUAACAAAGGGAAUGAAAUACUUGCACGGCAAGGGAAUAUUUCACAGGGACCUUACCUCCAAAAAUUGUCUGAUAAGAAAAAACUGUCGUGCCUACACUGCCAUAGUUGGUGAUCUGGGGUUAGCUUCCAAAAUACCGAAAUCAAAUUGUUUACGAUCGCGAUUGCCAAUUGUCGGAUCUCCAUUUUGGAUGGCUCCGGAAUGCUUACAAGGAAAAUAUUACGAUGAAAAAGCUGAUAUCUUUUCCUUCGGUAUAAUACUUUGCGAAAUGAUUGGGAGAAUAGAAGCAGAUCCCGAUUUCUUACCGCGUACUAUGAAUUUUGGUUUAGAUUACAUAGCUUUUAGCAAGAUAUGUGUUGAUUCUCCUCCGGACUUCUUAGAAUUAGCGUUCAAGUGCUGCAUGGUUGAUCCAGACUGGCGGCCACCCUCAUUCGGUGCUAUAAACAAAUUGUUACAUAUCAUCAUAAACAAAUUUCGGGAUAAUAAUUUUUUCACUGGAAAAUACCGAUGCCAGGGGAAUGUCUCAGUUAUAAGAACGAAUAAAGGUGUUUUGAGAAGAACAUUAUCUGAUGAAUACUUGGAAAUACAACCUUGGUUACAAGAAAAACCUGAAGCAUUGCGUCAGGAAUAUCCUUUGUCUACGACAAAUCUCGGCACCAAUAUCUCUUCUGUUAUAAACGACGAGGAUGCAUCGUUUGCGAAAGUUAACACAAACAACCCUUCACCAUUUACAACUCCAAAUAAUAAUAAGAUCAAUGAUAGUUAUCUUGUACCACUUGCUGUAAAUAAAGACGAUAAUGAAGACAUACUAAUUUCGCCUGGUCUUUUACAGCAUUCUCUUUUGUUGGCCAGCCCGCGACAUGUGGGGGCUUUAAUGUCGCGAGAUGAUACCUAUUACAUUCCCAAAGAUUAUUCAUUGGAAAAUCCGUUCACUUCCUUCCUGCAUUUGUUUAAAUCUCCCUCCGUCUCUUCUUUUUUUCCCGAUGGUAAGGCUACUACAAAGGGUACACAUGAAUGCACUAAGAAAUCUUUAGAUUCCAGCGAUCAUAAAAGGGAUUUAAGUAAUGUUGACUCCACAACCGAUUUUGAUUCUGGAUGUUCUUCGGAAUCCAAGGAAGAAGAUUUUUGUUCCGACAAUUUCUCUAAGUCCAUUACAACUCUACCAAAUUACAAAAUAUAUCCUAAAAAUCGCUCAACUCGAAAAUUUUCUUCCGCCUCUAAUAAAAUGCAAGAUUUUUCAAAUGGGAAACCGGUCCACCUCAAAACGCUAAACAGCAAUGGAUUUUUCUGUUCAGCCACGGAUUCCCUGAAAGCUGGUUUUCGCAAAUGUUUUUCCUCAUGCCACGAGCAAAAUUAUACUGAAAAACAAUCCAAUGAUUUAUAAUUUUCGCCGUUUAUUUAUCUUACUUUUAGGCUAGUUUUAUGCCGUGUUGUAAUUAUUGUUAAAAAGAGUAUUUAGGAGAUUUAUUUAAACUUCUUUUUUUAAAACGUGAGGCUAUCAUUACUAGUCUAUCUAUACUCCAAUUAUAUAUUACUCACAUAGAAUGAUAUCGUUAGCCAAGCACUAUUAUAAAUCGCAUUUUUGUUUAGUUUUACUCAUCACUAAAAAACUUAAAAGUAUUUUGUUCUCAUUCCUAACCAAUAUAACACCUUUAAGGACCACCCACUCAACUCUGUACGAAGAUAGUUUGUGGCCAAUAUAAUACUUUCUUAAGUUGUUUUUUGAAUAAAAUAUUGUUUAAUUUUAAUUGAUAUAAGUGCAAAUUUUAUUUUCAUUUGUAUAAUUUAUUUAUUUUCGAGUUUUAUACAAAAAAAAAUUACGGGAAUUUAAGUUAAGAUUUAAAAUAAUAUAUUUUUUUUAUUAAAAACUCCAAAUAUUUUCAGUUUAUUGUAAAUAUAUUAUAUAAUACAUAUACAUUUACAGAUCAUUUUUUUGUAUUAUAAAUCACC